AUGGCUCUGACAUCAGCUGAUGUCUCUUCUCUAUGUACCGGCUCCGCCAACCUCUUCCUUGGAACGACUGACGGCUUCGUUCAUAUCAUCUCCUCCGGGUUCAAGAUCGUGCGAUCGUUCAAAGCCUCCGAUACCGGCUCCAUCGUGCACGUCAAACAGAUAGAAGGGAGCGCGUUUCUGGUGACAAUAUCGGAGGAUCUUCUCAAUGAACCCGUUCUGAAGGUUUGGGCGCUCGAUACGACCGAGAAGAAGACCGGUGCCCCGCGCUGUCUGUCCACAACUUCGAUCCAAAACGCGCGAAGACUGUUUCCCGUCACCGCAUUCGGCGCCCUGCCCGAUCUGUCUCAGGUAGCCGUUGGCUUCGGAAAUGGCUCUGUCGCGGUCAUCCGCGGAGACCUUAUCCAUGAUCGCGGUGCGCGGCAACGCGUGGUGUUCGAGUCAGAAGAACCGGUAACCGGCCUGGAGAUGCAAAGUGGAUCAGCGGGCACUCUGUACAUCUCGACAACGAACCGGAUAUUAGCACUGGCCAUCUCGGGCCGAGUACAGGGCCAGCCUGCACGGGUUCUUGAGGAUACAGGCUGUGCGGUGGGCUGCAUGGCCUUGGAUGAUUUUACGGGCGAUGUCCUUGUUGCCAGAGAGGAUGCGAUUUACACAUAUGGGCCGCACGGGCGUGGACCCAGUUAUGCGUUCGAGAGCAACAAGAGCUCUCUCACUAUAUUCAAGGACUAUAUCGCCUUAGUAUGUCCUCCGAAAGUGAGGUCUCCGAACGGUGGCUCGCUUGAAAACCUGCCGAUUGACGGCAUGUUUAAUACGACCACAUUUACGCUGCUGGACACGGACCUCAAGUUCAUUGCUCACUCGGAGUCCGUGGCCUCCUCCGUGAAGCGGGUAUUCAUGGAGUGGGGGGAUCUGUUUCUUCUGACGACAGACGGCAAGAUCUUUCGUUAUCGUGAGAAGAGCCUACAGCAGAAAUUGGAGAUUCUGUAUCAGCGGAACCUCUACAUCCUAGCGAUCAACCUGGCACAGAAGAAAGGCGUCGAUACCCUGCAACAGAAUGCGAUUUACCGAAAGUAUGGCGACUUCCUCUACCAGAAAGGAGAUUACGACACAGCCAUGCAGCAAUACCUUCGGGCUAUUGACAAUACAGAACCUUCACAAAUUAUUCGCAAGUAUCUCGACACGCAACGCAUCCACAACCUGAUUGAGUAUCUCGAAGAACUGCACGAUCACGACAAGGCUACGGUCGACCAUACAACAUUGCUUCUCAAUUGCUACGCCAAGUUAAAAGAUACGAGCAAGCUAGAUGCGUUCAUUAAGGCUCCUGGGGAGCUCAAGUUCGAUCUGGAAACCGCCAUCGCAAUGUGUCGGCAAGGCGGGUACUACGAACAAGCUGCUUACCUGGCUACGAAAUAUGGCGAGAAUGACAUGGUCGUCGACAUUCUCGUUGAGGAUUCUAAGAAGUAUGCGGAAGCGGUCGAGUAUAUCUGGAGACUGGACCCCGAACUGGCCUACGAUAACUUGAUGAAAUAUGCUCGGGUCCUGCUGUCCAAUUGUCCCCAGAAAACCACCGAGCUGUUCAUUGAAUAUUACAAAGGACAGUACAAGCCUAGAACAGAGGUCGAAUUACCGCCCGAGCCACAGACGCAGUCAGGCAGUAAUUUGCAAAGUUUGGCGGCAUUUCUCCCCCUUUCUCUCAUUAAUUCAAGUGCUGGAGCAAAGUCUGAGGCUGUCGAACCGCAGUCCACUCAGGAAGACAAAGUAGAUCACGCCGUGUCCCAGUACCAGCCUCCGAAACCACGAACGGCAUUCUCCGCAUUUGUGGGUCAUCCGCAAGAAUUCAUCACCUUUCUCGAGGCUCUCAUCAAUAAGGAGACGCUCAAAGAGGAGGACAAGGUGGAUCUUUACACUACUCUGUUUGAGAUGUAUCUGGAUGCAUCUUCUCGGCAGAAAGACUCUGCUGAAAAACAAGAGUGGGAGAACAAAGCCAAAAAGCUCAUCGAAGGAAAAGACAUCCCAAUCUCCACUUCCAGCGUCCUCUUACUGUCGGAUCUCUCGGGCUUCCGCGAGGGAUCAACGCUCGUGCGGGAACAGGAAGGCCUCCGCUCAGAUAUCUUCCGCUCAUUCACGUCUGCGAAAGAUACUCGUGGAGCCAUCAAGGCUUUGAAGAAGUAUGGACCGGAAGAGCCGCAACUAUAUAUUGACGCUUUAACGUACUUUGCUUCGAGCCCGGCGAUCCUCGAAGAGGCGGGAGAAGAACUGGAUGUUGUACUCAAACGGAUCCACGACGACGGACUCAUGUCUCCGCUCCAGGUCAUUCAGGCACUGAGCAACAAUGCGGUGGUGACAAUGGGUAGAGUGAAGAAGUACUUGAGCGAGAACAUUGAGCGGGAACGAAAGGAGAUCUCAUCGAAUCGGCGAUUAAUCAAGAGCUACAGCACAGAAACCGAAAAGAAGAGGCAGGAACUGGAACAGCUGGGAAGCAAGCCCGUCGUCUUCCAAGCUCGACGGUGUAUGUCCUGCGGCGGAGCCCUCGACCUUCCUACAGUACAUUUCCUGUGCAAGCAUUCCUUCCACCAACGCUGCCUCAACAAAGUAGAUGAGGACGCCGAAUGUCCGGUCUGCGCCCCGGAGAACUCCACCAUCAAGGCAAUUCGACGGAGACAGGUGGAGUCAGCUGAUCAGCACGAACUCUUCAAAGGCGAACUGCAGCGUUCGAAGGACCGCUUCGGCACGGUUAGUGAAUUCUUCGGACGGGGUGUGAUGCGGCCGCAGAGCACCAUGGAAUAA